UGAGAGAACGCAGGUCCCGGGACACUGGUGUGUGAGAAACUAUUGCUAGCACGGAGGAAGCCCGGUCCCCAGGCCAUGGGGGCACAGCUGAUGCUGCCACCCGGAGAGCCCUGCCACGAAGGGUAUGUGCUGUCUCUGGUCUGCUCGAACUUUUCGCAGGCUUCGUGUGAGAUCACAAACGUGUCACGGCCGCUGGCUUAUCCUGUUGUCUACACCAACCCGAAUUCCUCCAUAACCAACUUCAGCAUUUCAGCUAGUGUAGAAAACAAAUACAGUCUGUAUGUGGGCUUGGUAUUGGCCAUAAGCUCCAGCCUUUUCAUUGGCUCGAGUUUCAUACUCAAGAAGAAGGGUCUCUUGCAACUGGCCGACAAGGGCGUUACCAGAGCAGGGCAAGGUGGACAUUCUUACCUCAAGGAAUGGCUGUGGUGGGCAGGACUGCUGUCAAUGGGGGCUGGAGAGGCUGCGAACUUCGCCGCUUAUGCCUUUGCACCUGCCACCUUGGUCACCCCGCUGGGGGCUCUGAGCGUUCUCAUAAGUGCAAUAUUGUCUUCCUAUUUCUUAAAUGAGCACUUGAACAUUCACGGGAAAAUCGGCUGCAUAUUGAGCCUACUGGGGUCAACUGUGAUGGUGAUCCAUGCCCCGCAGGAGGGGGAAGUCAGGUCUCUGCAUGAAAUGGAAAUGAAAUUGAGAGAUCCAGGGUUCAUUUCCUUUGCUGUGAUCGUCUCUGUGAUCGCAUUGGUGCUGAUUUUGAUUGUGGCCCCAAAGAAAGGACAGACGAAUAUACUGGUCUAUAUCGCCAUCUGUUCUUUGAUCGGAGCGUUUUCGGUUUCUUCGGUCAAAGGCUUGGGAAUCGCCAUUAAGGAGCUGCUGGAAAAGAAGCCUGUGUACAAGGAUCCCCUGGUCUUCAUCCUGUUGGCUGUGCUUGCACUUUCAGUAACAACCCAGAUUAACUAUCUCAACAAGGCCCUGGACACUUUCAACACAUCUCUGGUGACUCCCAUCUAUUACGUCUUCUUCACAUCCAUGGUGGUGACCUGUUCCGCCAUCUUGUUCCAGGAGUGGUAUGGCAUGAAAGCUGGAGAUGUCAUCGGUACCUUGAGUGGGUUCUUCACCAUCAUCAAUGGCAUCUUCCUUCUACACGCUUUUAAAAACACCAACAUCACCUGGAGUGAGCUCACAUCUACUGCUAAGAAAGAAGUCCUUUCUCCAAAUGGUAAUCAGAGUGGUUAUGUUUUACUGGAGAAUUCAGACUUCUCAGCCUCUAGGUUUGAUGACGACAUCACCCUGUUUAGCAGGACUGAUGACCAAAGUAACCAUAAACUUUGAAUUUCAACCAAGACAUCCAAAACAAUACUUAUUCUUGGAAGGUCUAUUUGUAUGUCAGCAUGUAUAACACUGUACAAAUCUUCUGGAUGGGAGACCAAGCAAAAAGCCUUUGCUCUGCAGAGCCUCCAAAUUUGAAAAUCAAGUUUAAUCUUCUACUAGAAGAUCUGUAUCUUUCUUUUAUUUUUCAAAACCACCGAAAUAGUCCCUGAGCUCAACAGAAGUCAAAGACGUACAUUUGUCUCAGAAUAAAUCUUCUGGUCAAUAGAUUUGGCACUGCCAGGUGGCACUUCAUCCCUGCCUGGUCUUGGACACAGGGUGACUCACAUAUCUGUUAACUGUCUUCUGACUGAGCAGAGUCUCGGACGCCAUUUGUCCGAUGAGUCAUAAUCUCAAGCUAUUAAAACUAAGAAAUGGGAACACUGGUCUACUGACCUCUGGUCUGCAAUGCCUUCUUUCUAAACUACACAGCAGAUAGGCAAAAAUGUUAAAGAGCAUACUGGACUAACGUGUUUAUGACACAUAUUUUUUUCUUUUUCCCAAACACACACAUGAUUAUGUCAGAGAAUCUAUUAACACAGACCUGGAUAAUGUAAGCAAAACAUGUUUCACUUGGAAAUCACAAAUGACUCACAACAGUCAUUUUUGUUCCUUUUGUUUGUUUGUUUGAUUUUUGUUUUUGUUUUGUUUUGGAGGUGGGAUGUUUUCCAUCGGCUUGCUUUCUUGUUUAUUUUUCAGACAUGUUCUUGCUACGUGACCCAGGCUGGCCUCAAGUUCAGCACUUCUUUGCUCCCGAGUGCCUGGGUUAAAGGUGUAUACCACCAUGCCAGCUUCUUUUUGAAAAACUACUAUUCCAUAGAUUUCUUCUUGCUAACACAGAGGUUUUGUAGAAACAAUCACUACACAAUGUGAAGUUCAUAGCAUGCUUCUAUUUUUCUCCAUGGUCUCUUAUCCCUAAAAGAUGGUGACCUGUUCAGCCAUCUUGUUCCAUCCACAACUGAGAACAACAAGCAGAUUCAUUGUACGAUCUUAAUGUUCUUUUAAAACUUGCCAUGCCUUUUUCUUUCCUUUUGAAUUCCUCAUGACCACACUUUCCAAUUCAGAUCAUAGAGGGAAAUUCCUUAAAAAAAAAAAAGUCUGAAGGCAUGCUACAGGAAGACUCUUUUGCUCGUUAAAACUUUGCAUUUGAUUUCUCUGACGCAUUCUCAACUUGUGCUCUUAGACUCUUCAGCAAGAGUAAUUGUUGAGUGCAGUUAACUGUGCUGUGUGUUUGGGAGAGCUGAUAAUCCGUGGGCAUCCCAUGAAUUGAUACCUCAAGGCAAAUGCAUGUUUACUUUCUGCCACUGAUUCACUUUGGGUAGCAGAUAUAGAAGCUGUGAAUACACGUUUGUAGAAAAUUAUCCUUUGAAAGGGUAGUAGGUUGGAAAGCUGUACAAAUUAUUUUGCCAGUUUCCCUUGUUGCUUUGAUAACCCCACUGGGUUCCCCCAGGGUAUCUUCUUGGAGAGGAUAUCACUCCUCUCUCUUGACACCUUUCCUUGGGUGUGUGGCCAUUCUCCGUUCUAGCGGUCUUAACUUUCAGACAUGUAUUAAAUGUCACUUGACACGUUAACUGUCAAGUCUUGCUCUUGGGACAUUGUGCACAGGUCAGAGAUUCCUGAAACAUAAGAAUCGAUAUGUCCUGAGUUAGAAAAUGAACUGGUGUUGACAUAUAUGCCCAGGAGAAAGACUGAGAGAUUACAUCAGUUGUCAUAUAUGGAGAAACAAUUAAAAAAAAGGCAAAUAUUUUCAAAUCUUUGGAAAGAGUGCUGAUGAGCAUAUACAUUUAAAAAAUUAAAAUGUUCCUAUAAAUCUAAUACCACAGCUGAAUCUUUCUUGAAGAGGAAGAUACUGCUUAAGGAAGAAUAAACUAUUGUGUCCCUCUAUGACAUUCCAAACUGUUCAUCUCUUAACCAUGUGCAUUUGGAUGUGUAUCCUUGUCAUUGUAUAGACAUGUGAGUGUUUUUUUGUGUGGAUAUCAAUGUAUAUGUAAAGAAAAUGGUCUUGUCUUUUGAAUUAUAGCUUCACCAUUAGGUCAAUGGUUAAUUGGUUUUUGCCCGGAGUAAAAGAUAUUCAUAAAAUUCAAACAUUGGAUUAAAUUAACACAUUUCUUUUUUAAAAAAGGAAGAAAAUACUAAUCCACAUGAAUGGGAAGCUUCUUAUAUUGUGCCCAGUAAAUAAUAGGCACUUCACUAAAGUUGAUUCUCAUUGAGCCGGACUCCUAAUCCUCGUUCUCUUUACCUGAGAGAGGAGGGCCGCUGAGCACACGUUUGUGUGAAUUCUUCAGUUUCAGACACAUUCAAUUUAGACAACCCAAGUGAAGGCGAAUUCAUCAUUGUCCACUCUCAAUGCUAUUACAGAACCAUUCCAACAAAAACAUUUUCCUUAGAGGGGGAAAUGUAGCUCAGUGCUCCCUCAGAGCACACAGGCACUGGGUUUGAUCCUCAACACGAGGGGGCAAAUAAUAAAAACCAGUGGAACCAAACUAAAUGUCACCUUCACCUUUGAAAGCCUUGGAGGUGGCAGGGGUGAGUCUGGGUGGGAGGGAUCCUGUGAAUGUGUUGAAUGUUCUCAAAUA